GCGUCCGGGAGUGGACCAGGGAGAUGGUCGCUGUCGGAGACAAUCUACGGUUGACAGGUAGCCGAGGAGAACAUUGUGGACAGUGUGCUUGCUUAGAGGGGAUGUCUCUCACCUGAGUGCCAGAUUGGAGCGUUAGGCACGCGACAAGGACUGCCGAUGAGAGAGAGGAUCAACACCUUAUCGUCCGAUCAGAACGUCAAGGCUGCCGGCAGGCAAAGGAUUUUCUUGUAGGAGGUUUAAUGUGUGUCUGGUUCGGACCAUCAUUCGCAACACAUCUCACUCGACUACCGCUCGAGGAAGAGCCACAGGCUGUGUGGAAUAGGUUCAGAAGCUGCCCUUCGUUGUUGACGAAAGGACGGGGAGAACCAUGAUGGCAGCGGAAGAAGGUAAAUCGGAAUCUCUGAAGGGAUUAGAGGACAGUCUGAGAGAGACGCUUAAACGUGAGGCAGCCAAUUCUCAGGCAAGGCAACGGGCUGUUGAGAUGGAGAGGCAUGCGUGGGAGCGCCAGACUAGCAAAGUAAUAACCUUGUCGCAGGAGGCCCUUCCACUUAAUGGGGUUGGCGUACUCGCCCUUCAAGCUCAGAGAGAAGAGCAGUCCAGGGUCGCUGUCGAGUCGGUUCAUGCCAGGGAAGCAGCAAUUGAGAAGAAGAAGGAGCAGGUCCGAGAAAAGGUGUUGAAUCAGCUAUGCAAAGUGGAAGAAGAGGCCAAGCGUCUCGACAUUCUGCGGAGGGAGCUGGAGCAGCUGGAGGACCCGACAAGGAAGGAGGUGGCGGAGAUUAGACGGCGAAUAGAGGUGGUAGACAGAGAGCUUCGGCCAAUGAAAGCAGCAUGAGGGCUAUCAGCAGGUCCUAGUAUUCAGGUUCCAGUACAGUCAGUGGUCACCCAGAUUCCGUCACAGGUUGCCAUUAGUGGGCAACCUAUUGUCUCGCAGUCUGUGCUGCCACAGGGCACACAGCCCCAGCAGCUAGCACAACAACCUGUAUCACCGGGUCCACAGCCCGGGUUGGUGCAGGGACCGGGACAAAGUCAGUGGGUUCCAAAGACGGCCAUCGCCGCUCCCAAACCCUUUACAAGGGACAAGAGAGGCGAAGAUCUCGACACGUGGUUGAGGGCAGUGCCAGUCUAUGUCAGGUGUAAACUCACCUUGCCACACGAAGAAGUGCUUGUGGGUGCAUCCUACCUAGAGGGUAGUGCAGCAAGAUGGUUGAGUGGGUUAGUAGAACUCCAGGGGCACGGUCAUGACUUCCGCUCUUGGGCAGCCUCUCAGAAAUUGGAGGACUUCCUGAAGAUGGUGGAAGAAAGAUGGCAUGAUCCUCAGGAAGCCCAAAAGGCCACUGAUGCGAUCCUGACACUGCACACGAGGCAGUAUAAGUCAGUAAGGGAAGCCACAGAUGUUGUAGAGCGUCUAAUCUGUGUUCCAGGGGUGCGCUAUGACCCCCAGGUCCUGUUGACUUCGUACCUGAGGUGCUUAUCGCAGCCUCUCAGGAACCAGUUGACAAAAGAGGCCAACAUCAAUAUGCACAACUUUCCUUCGUUUAGCAAGGUAGCCCUAGACCUUGAAGCAAAAAUAGGGCAUAGACAUAACUCAGUGACGGACGGGAAAAAGAAGACCCUGCCUCCUAACUGGAAAGCCAAGGGCCGCAUUAUGUUCGUCGACCACGAUGGCUCAACCAUUGAGUUGGACGACGACUCCCAGUUAGGAGUAGAUGCAGAGGCAGGUGGCGAUGCUUCAGAGGGUGGAGUAGUGGCCGCCGUAACCCAACAAAAAGAUAGAGUGCAAGGGUGUCGGUACUUCAGUAAGAUAGAUUUGAAGUCCGGGUACCAUCAGAUUGCAAUCCGGCCCGAGGAUCAACACAAAACCGCAUUUCAGACCAGGUACGGUCUGUACGAGUUUGUGGUGAUGCCUUUUGGCCUUUGCAAUGCUCCUGGCACUUUUCAGCACGCUAUGAAUCGGAUAUUCCAUGACUACUUGGAUAAGUUUAUCGUUGUGUACCUCGAUGACAUACUUAUUUUUAGUAAGACUGUCGAGGAGCACGUUGCACACUUGGACAAAGUCCUCAGUCUCCUGCGACAGCACAAGUUCAAGAUCAACAGUGAGAAGUGCGAGUUUGGCCGCACCCGUGUCUUGUACUUGGGUCAUGAGAUCUCCGCGGAAGGGUUGAAGCCCGAUGACGCGAAGGUGGCCAGCAUUCGUGACUGGCCACGGCCUCAGUCUGUGACUGAGAUGAGAUCUUUCUUAGGGAUGACAGGCUACUACAGAACUUUUGUAAAGAAUUAUAGCAUAGUGGCCGCUCCUUUGACUGAUCUGACCCGCCUUGACACCCCGUGGGAGUGGACAGAUAAGUGCGAGGCUGCUUUCAGACAUCUGAAGCAUGCGUUGACGCACUAUAAAGUCCUGAAACUUCCAGAUCCUGACAAGCCGUUCAUAGUAACCACGGAUGCUAGCCAAUAUGGCAUUGGCGCCGUGCUUGCACAACAGGAGGGGCCAAAGUUGAGGCCAGUUGAGUACAUGUCAAAGAAGAUGCCAUCUCAGAAGUUGGCAAAGUCCACCUAUGAGAAGGAACUCUACGCCGUGUACAAGGCUCUAACCCACUGGAGGCACUAUCUCCUUGGGAGGUUCUUCAUCCUCAGGACUGAUCAUCAGACCCUGAGAUGGAUGAGAACGCAGCCAGUACUUUCCGACGCCCUGAAGCGUUGGAUUGAGGUCAUUGAGCAGUAUGACUUCAACCCCCAGUAUUUAAAAGGGGAGUACAACAAAGUGGCUGAUGCCUUGUCGCGUAGACCUGAUUUCUCAGGUGCGCUGAUUACUGAGUUAGAGUUGACUCGAUCAUUGGUGGAGGCCUAUCGAGAGGACCAAUUUAUGUCAGAGAUCAUCCGCAGACUCGAGGCGAAGGACAAACAGGCUUCAGCCGAGUUUGAGAUGGUCAAUGGCUUGCUGUUUCUCGAGAAGGCGGGGAAUAAACGAUUGUGUGUCCCUAGUAGCGAGUCUUUGCGUAGUUUGUUUUUAGGGGAAUAUCAUGAUGCCACCGGCCAUUUUGGGUUCAAAAAGACCGCAGCCAACUUGCUGCAGAGGUUUUGGUGGCCCACGAUGAUGAAAGAUGCCAAGUUGUAUGUAGAGACUUGUCAAGUUUGCCAACGAGACAAGCCCCGUACUCAGGCUCCUCUUGGGCUGCUCAAGCCCUUUCCGAUUCUGGAGAGGCCAGGUGAGAGCCUGUCCAUGGACUUCAUGGAUACGCUAGUCACCAGCAAGAGUGGGAUGAGACAGAUCUUUGUCAUCGUGGAUAGGUUUAGUAAGUUUGCUAGGUUAGUAGCAAUGCCUGAAACAGCAAAGACUGAGUACGUGAUUAAGCUGUUUAAAGAGAACUGGGUGAGAGAUUUCGGAUUGCCCAAAUCUAUUGUGAGCGACCGGGAUGUCAGGUUCACAAGCGAAUUAUGGAAGGCCGCUGCAGCUGAACAGGGAACUCAACUGCAGAUGACUUCUGGGAAUCAUCCCGAAGCCAACGGCCAGGCCGAACAGAUGAACCGUGUUGUGCAACACCUGUUGAGGCAUUAUAUCAAGCCCAACCAGGUGGACUGGGACGAAAAGAUCGCACUUGUCGCCAGUGUGUACAAUAACGCUGUACACAGCGCUACAGGAGUAAGUCCUAACAGUUUACAACUAACGUUUAAGCCUCGAUUGCCCUUAGACUUCCUACUUCCUGACAACCAGCCAACUGCGGCACCAGGCACUCUAGAGUUUGCCUACCGAUAUGAACAGAAGAUGCAGGAGGCUGUAGAACACAUGCAGAAGGCACAGGCAACAAUGAUAGCAUCUGAGAAUAAACACCACCGCCCUUCUACAUUUCAGGUUGGGGACAGAGUCUGGGUCAAGUCUUCAGAAUUGGGACAGGAGUUCGGGAUAUCCCGCGAACUCAUGCCUCAGUGCUUUGGACCUUGGGAAGUUUUGGACGUAGUAGGGACAGAUCCGGAUGGUCCAUCUUAUGUCAUCCGUAUCCCUGGUCACCUCAGAACUUACCCAGUCUUUCACGCCUCUAAGCUCGCUGCGUUCGAGAAAACUGAUCAGUUUCCCUCUCAUCGGUCAAUGCUGCCCCCAACCAUGGACGGAGAAGUCGACAUCGAUGAUAUCGUCGACCACAGGGAGAUGCCUGUUCAGAAGCCUCCGGGAAGGGGACGUCCUCCAAAGCCAAAGCUGCAGUUUCGUGUCCACUUCAGACAUCACACAGAUCCGAAGGAGGACCGCUGGUUUACUCGGGAGGAAUUGAUGCAGACCGCUCCUCAAAUCGUUGCCCGCUAUGAGAAGGAUGUUGUAAGUGAAAGUGAGCGAGUUCGAAUGCAGAAGUUAGAGGAGCUGAACAGACAUCUGGAGCAGAUGGGAAGGUAGAGUGCAGACAUCUUGAUGCAGUGCAUGAAGAAUUAUUUUUCGCUGAACGUUUCCAGGUUGGGCGACCAGGUUCAGAUGUAGUUGAGCGAGCUGAGCAGACAUCUGCGGCGAAUUGGAAAGCAGAAGUCGGACAAUUUGAAUGCAGGGACUGCAAUGCGGGAAAUAUCUGAAGAAUGAUUGUGCGCCGAGCAUUGGAUGGAGCAAAUUGGAAAGGAGAGUGCCAACACUGCGAGGCAGUAUGCGAAGAGAGUUAUUUGACUUAUUUUGCUGUGAACCAACAUCAGAAUUGAGCAAAAUGAUCGCAAAGCAGGACGCUGACAUCUGCAGGCAAUGUCCAGAGAGUUAUUUUGUGCCAAAUGUUUCUGAGUUGGGGGGGGAAGAGAAUCAAAGACAGCGCGGUACUGCAAGGACACUGCUGUUUGUGCAGAGCCGCCGCAGUCCUGGCACAGUUGAAAUCAGUCUGCUGUCUCUGCAAAGUACGGCUAUGCUCGACAGUUUUCCUCUUGUCAGACUUCCAUCUCAUGGUGCAACAACAGGACAAGUCUGAUAAGCUUUAGGCGCACGCGACAUUGAAGAAUCAUCCGACGUCUUGAACUGAUCAUCAUGAGCCACAGACAAUUUUUUGAUGGGUUUUUUCCCAAACUUUUUCUCCUCUAACAGGCCACAUCGAAGAAUAAUUCCACGUCUUAGCACUGAUUGUCUUGCACCACUUUUUAGCAAAACUUGACGAAGAUGUUUUUUUUCCCCCUUCAGGCUCGUAGUAUGCAAGUUGCGCACCGGAUAGAGUCAAGGUGGUGUGUCACCAACGUCUUCCAUUUGGCAUUUCUUAAACCACCGCUACCUCUUCUGAGCGUCGUUUUGCUCAGGCAGGAAAAAAAGAAAGUGUGCGGCACUGUGCGCCAAGCUUUGCCGAAGUGCCAGCUCCGCCAUUGUGGUCUGGUAGCACUGUUCAUCCAAAGAAGCCAGAAUGCUACACUCACUUUCUGCCUGGGAAAGGUAGUACGUACUGGUUUAAGAAGAAAAGCCGUGCGGAGCCAAUGCUCAGAGUAUACAAGUUGCAUGCAUGUCCAAUGGAGCAAAAGAUGAUGUGUCGCGAAGCGACUAUUUUCUUCCCCCUGUCAUUCAUGCUGUAAAGGAAAUGUCAUGUGGAGGCAAAGCUCAAAAGUACACAAGUUGCGUGCCGGAUGCAGCCAAGGCGAAUGUUCCACCAACUUCUUGCAUUUGAGGUUCAUAAGGGAAAUGUCCAGUGUGCAGAAUGAGCUUGCAUUCUUCAUGGAGCAGCAGUGCAGGUAACCAUCCAGUACAAGAGAAGCAGUGUCGAUGGCAGUGUCUAUACAUCCGGGAGGUAGUUGAGUACUCCUCUUCGACACAGCUUACGGAAUCUUUCUCCUGCCUAAUACAGUGUCUAUACAACAACUGCAUGCGAGUAGGUAAACGGGCCGCCGUAUUCAUCAGGGCCACAUUCAUGAUCAAUAGUCUGAGGCUGCCUUGACAUGCACCGGAGUGCACGCUGUUCUGUUGCUCUCACUUUUUUUUUUUUUUUUUUUUUUUUAACAGAAGACACGCAAGCUAGUGCUAGGGGUGCUGAUGAGAGCAGGCAUGACUAGCAUUCCCGGGGGGGCUCCAUCUAUUGGUGGUGAGCAGCACCUGCUGGAAAUCGGGUCCAGCGUCCCUGUACAUUAUAGUUGAUUGUUUGAACAGACAUUUAAGUGAUAUGACAGCAAGCUGUAGGGCUUUCCAACAGAACAAAGAGCUUGACAAAUAGACCUACCCUGCUGCCUAAGAUGCUUGCCUACAUGACCGCAUAAUGAAAGUGAUAGUACCCACAGGGCCCAUGGCUAUUACUGGGAAAUCUGAAUACAGAUACUAAAAUGUGAGCUUCUUCUCUCAGGAAGUGACUCUCUGUUGUCUCAGUCUUAGAGGCUGGUGCUAUCUCUUUCUGAUUGGAUCCCAGUUUAUGUAGGCAAAACAAUCCUCCCGUUCCCCUACCUCCACCCUUU